AUGUACAUUGCAUACGUUAAGGGUGUUUCCGAAAAAAUCAAACGGAUAGCUGAACGGUUCAAGAUCAAAACCAUUUUUCAAACAAAACAUACCCUCAAGAGUAUGUUUGUCAAGACCACUCCAAAAGGAGAACCUCAGCAUACCUCACAUUGUAUUUACAGUAUCCCUUGUGAGUGUGGCAGAUAUUACAUCGGGGAGACUGGAAGACCACUGGCAGUGAGACUUCGUGAGCACAAGCACAUGUUCAAGGAGGGCCUUCUGGAUAAGUCAAGAUUGGCCCAACAUGCCUACGAGGAGGACCAUUCUGUGAAGUGGGAUGGAACGGGGAUCCUGGACCUCGAGAGGAACGCUACCAUCAGGAAAUACAAGGAGGCAGCAUAUAUGGCUUGGGCUGGCAACACGAUCAGCCAACCCAGCUUGGAUUUCUCCAUCAUUUGGUCACCCCUGGUGUUUGAGGAAAUGAAUGGCAUUCAUAACAGCAAGAAGAGGGGUGAUUAG